UUAAGUUUUUAGUUGUGGAAAAAAAAAAAAUCGCUUUUCAUCUUUUUAACAAUAGCAGUAGAAAGGAAUGUGAAGGAAAUAUCGAGGAAAGGAGGCAAAUGUGAAAAUAGUUCUGAAAAUAUCCAAGAUUUAUGGAUUAAUGCUACAAAAAAAGUGGCACAAGUUAAAAUUGUGGAGAUUAUGAAGAUUUACUUUACAAAAAAUUAUAUGACUUGCACGUCGUAAAGUUAAGAAAAUGCAUAACACAAAAUACUUACGUACAAACUCCUACGAAAGUAAUCAUAGUCAACAUAGUCAACAUUCACAUUCUUCAAGUAUCAGAGUUUCAUCAGAUGAAAAUAUAAAUAAUGUUGUUUCAUCAGAAAAUGUUUCUGAUAAUGCUCCACUAGUUGUUCCUAAAAAGCUAAUUAAAAAUAAGAAAGACUUGCUUAUUAUAAUUUCAAUGGGAUUGAUCUUUUUUGUUGGUCAGACAGCAAAUUCUGUUAUUGCACCGUUCUUUACUUUAGAGGGUGUCAAGAAAAAUGUUUCUGUAACAACAUCUGGACUUGUUUUUACAGUAUAUCCUCUUGUUGUUUUUAUACUUUCUCCAUUUAUUGGAAAAUAUAUGCCUUUAAUUGGUGUAAAGUUUUUACUAAUUGCUGGAUGCUUUGUCGAAGGAAUCACAGAAAUUUUAUUUGGUUUUUUAGGCGACAUUGAUGAUCACUUGACUUUUGUAUCAUUUUGUUUUCUUGUUCGAUCAUUUACUGCUGUUGGAAAUUCAGCUUCUUCUACAGCAGCUAUUGCUAUUCUUAGUCAUACUUUUCCAGAAGACAUGUCUACUGUGUUUGGAGCUUUAGAGCUUUUUUCUGGUCUUGGAUUUAUGACAGGACCAGCUCUUGGAGGUUUUUUAUAUCAGUAUGGAGGUUUCAAAUUACCAUUUCUUGUUACUGGAUCUAUGGUACUAGCUGUAGUGGGUGCAGUAUACUGGGUGUUACCUCCUGAAAGAGCUUAUCAUGAUGAAUCAUAUGAUAAAGAGAAAGAAAAAAAAAUAGAAACAGGGUCUUUGCUUCGAACCAUAUCUGUUCCUGGAAUAUUUGUUAUGGCUAUUACUUGUAUAUUUGGUUCUAUGGUACUUGGUUUCCUUGAUCCAACAAUUACAUUACACAUCACAUCCUUAAAUAAAAACAUUUCACCUCAAAAAAUUGGGUUGAUUUUUUUGUUGCCAGCUGGAUUUUAUGCUUUGUCUGCUCCAUUAGUCGGAUAUUUAACUGAUAAAAGGCUUAAAGCUCGGCACGUAAUAGUCAGUGGUGCUUUUUUUGUUGGUAUUGCAUACUUGCUUCUUGGUCCCUCACCUUUAUUUUGGUCGUUUAUUCCAAGAAAGUUGUAUGUUGUAUUGAUUGCACUUGGAGGACUGGGUUUGGGUAUAUCAGGGUUUCUUGUACCUGUUUUAUCUGACAUGCAUCAAGCUGGAAGUAAAGCUGGACUGUCAGAAACAAUGGGGACAAAAACAGUUAUAUCAGGAAUAUUUAACAGCUGUUUUAGCAUUGGUUCAGUAAUUGGUCCAACGUUUGGUGGUUUUCUUACGGAAAACUUCUCUUUCGAGUGGGCUUCUACAAUAUUUGGAUUUUUGUUAUUAGGUUUGGGAUUAUUUUUGUUGCUUUUCACUGUGUUUGAAUCAAGAUCAAGAAAAUCAACUCGGUCAAUACACUUAGAUGCAUCUAUCUUAAACCCGAAUGUUUAGAUAAACAACAUUAUGAGCUCAUAUACUUAUUGAAAAUUUUGAUGCUUUUUGUUAUCAUCUCAUAACAAAUUUUUUUGCUUUUACUUUAUUUUUACUUUUUAUUAUGAUCUGAUAACAAAUUGAUAGGAAUUUCGAUAUUCUUGUACUUAAAACAAAUUUUUGGCCAUUAUGGGAUUGCCGAAUCAACCCAGAAAAAGUGUUAGAAAUUAUUAUUUGACUUUUUAUGUGGAAACAAUUCAUACAAAACAAAUUACAUAAGUGUAAUAAA